AUGACUGGUGUGGAUGGCCGUCAAAUUAAAAGCGAGGCAGUCAAAUCGAAGGAGUUUCAGAAACAGUUGGAGGAACAAAAGAAAAAUAUUGACCAAAAGAACCAGGAAAUAUCCAAAUUCCAUCAACAGUUGGAGGAACAUAAGAAAUCCAUUGAGGAAAAGAAUCAACAAAUAUCCAAAUUACAAAACGAUGUCAACAAAAGCGAUGUGAAAUUGGAGGACUUAAAGGAGAUUAAUUGCACAUCUUUUGGAGAUGAUCCGGGUGUUCAAAAAAUCAGUUUUUCUCAUUACUCCUUUGAUGUCUUAUGCGACUCGAAGACAGCAGGUCCUGGAUGGACAGUAUCCUGCAGCGAAUCGAUGGUAAAGAAGAUUUCAACAGGAAAUUGGGCAACAUACCGCGAAGGCUUCGGUUCAUUUGAUGGAGACUUCUUCUUGGGCUUGGAAAAGAUCCAUCGCUUGACGAGCUACAAACCCCAUGAACUCUAUAUAUGUAUGAAAUUCGUGAAGCAAAUGACAUAUGCGAGAUAUGAACAAUUUGAAAUUGCUGGCGAAAGCGAUGAAUACCAACUGAGUUUAAGUGGAUUCAGUGGCAAUGUCAGAGAUAUGUUGUCAGCACUUAACAAUAAUAAGAAAUUUUCGACAUAUGAUCGUGAUAAUGAUGGCUGGAAUGAUGGCAAUUGUGCAUUAAAAUACCAUGGUGGAUGGUGGUACCCUAAGUUUUGUGGAAUAAGUAUACUACAUUUACUUUACCAUGACGCAGAGGACUUGAUGGGUUAUAGUAUAGAUUGGAAUAGCCACUUCAAAAAUGUUAAAAUGCUUAUACGCCCAGCAUAA